UAGCGCGCUCGUUUCAGUUACUGCGUAACGUCAGGUGCCUUCAGACAUUCGAUCACGUUUCGCCACAAGUUCGAGUGUUGAAGCUCAGUUGUUACAGUCAUUGGAAUGGACAUUCCAUCUUAUUUCAAGGUGAAACGAAAGCAUACAUACCUAUUUCAGUCAUACUAUAUAUAGUAUAGCAUGGUAUGACUGGCAAAACUUUUCUGUAAGCAAGUCCAGAAAAUACCUCUCAUCUGAAACAGAUUGUUAGUACGUCUGAUUGUCAUACUGAAGUUACCUAUUUUUCCCACCCAGCAAUCGUUUACUUCGGGCGCACUUUUUAGUCACCUAUGAUAAUUGUAUUAUGGAACAUAUAUUUAGCUCACCAUUUUUCCUUUCUUCAGCCUUUUCCCCUCAUCCUCAGUCUCGCGACUUUUAUGAAACCACCUCUGGAUAUGAGUCCGGAUUUAACUCGACAAUUACUUCUUUGUUGUCGCUCCCUAUGGAUGUUAAAAAGGACAUCUUUGUAUGUGAUAAAAUGAAAACGAAAACUUACUGCUAAUAAGUUUAGACACUAACGUUUUUUAAAGGGACGCUUUCUUGAGUAGAAGACUAAGAGUAAGUUGGGUUCCAUUAGCGUACCCAUUAUGCAACGGACAGAAACACCAAGAUCCGAUUCAACAAGGCAGGACGAUUCCUGUGCUGCAGAUCUGCGAUAUUCUGGAUCAGUCAUAUCACGUUCGAAUUCUUGAAUUCCGAAGUCGCUAUCAUUCUUCUUCUUGUUGUUUUGGAAGUCAUGUUCUCCAAGAAAUGUUUUAAACUAAUUUUUGAUUCAAUAUUAUAUCGUACAUCAUGGAGAUGUAUAAGUAUUGGUGUAGUAACAACAUGUUAUUCAAUAUCUCCUAUAAAAUUGUAUCAUAUUUCUUCAGAAGAACCAAUUAAAACACCAAUUUAUCGAUCUAUUGACUAUCCUUUAUUAUUCUCUUUACAAUUACAAUUAGAUUGUACAAUUAGUUUUAUAAAUCAGUUACUUAAAGAGUUUCAAAGAUUAUUAUGUAAUAUGGAGAAUAUUAUUGUACAAUACAAUAAGAUAAAGUUAUCUUAUCAUCUUGAUUCAGAUAAACAUAUUGAUGAAUUAAUGUUAAAAUUACAAUCUCAAUGGUCUAUACUUACACAACAACUUGACAUUAUUGAGAUGACUAUAAAAUCUGCUAUAAGAACAUUACAUAAUUCAUUAGAAACUGGAUUAUUAUACGAAGAAUAUAUUAAUAAAUCACAGGAUGCCUCUAAUUGUUUAAAUGAAAUAUUGACGACGACGACAUCACAAACUAGUACCAAUUUGUAUAAUAUUGAAAAAGAAUUCACUAGUCUUGAAGAUAAACGUAAAGAAAUGUUUAAAAUAUGGAUAAAUCAAUUAGCUGAAAAUAUUAAACAAUUUGGCAAAUGA